GGACCCCAGUCCCACUGUGCAGCUGUAGGCUGGCCCUGCGGACAAUGGGCCAGGCUCCCCAGAGGGGGAGGAAGAAUGGUGCAGCUGAGGGAGAAGCUGGCAGCCGGAGGGAGGCGGGCGGGCUUGACUGACACCAGAGAGGGCUGGCUUUUGGGGCCGCUCUUAGCAACAGCCCUGGUUUGACCCUCGUCAGCCCUGAGAAAAUCGAAUCAGUGCCCUGUUCUCCUAGGCAGGAUGCAGCUUCAGCCGCUGAACGUCAAGGCAGCCCUCCUCGCUGCCUGUUAAUUACAGGCGCGUUCGUCUCCCAUGGUUCCUGUCUUUGCAAAGUGCCACUGAGAAGGGGGACCAAAGGACCACCGCCCCACCCCUUGCUGCUCCGGCUUCAGGCUUGAUCAGAUGGCUAACCGGGGCCCGAGCUACGGCUUAAGCCGGGAGGUGCAGGAGAAGAUCGAGCAGAAGUACGACGCGGACCUGGAGAACAAGCUGGUGGACUGGAUCAUCCUGCAGUGCGCCGAGGACAUCGAGCACCCGCCCCCGGGCAGGGGGCAUUUCCAGAAAUGGUUGAUGGACGGGACGGUCCUGUGUAAGCUGAUCAACAGUUUAUACCCACCAGGACAAGAGCCCAUUCCAAAGAUCUCAGAGUCAAAGAUGGCUUUUAAGCAAAUGGAGCAAAUCUCCCAGUUCCUAAAAGCUGCAGAGACAUAUGGCGUCAGGACCACGGACAUCUUUCAGACGGUGGAUCUAUGGGAAGGUAAACAGCCCACUGCCUUUGACGUUGUUCUCCCCUCCCCUGCUUUGGCUGCUUCUCUUUGUGAAGCCAGCUCACUCAUGGUGUUCUUCCUUGUUCUGCGGGUGUGUUUAGUGCUGGGGUGGGCUGGGGGCGUGUUCUCAGCUGUCAGCCUUGGGGCACAGUCAGCCCCUCCCCCCCUUAGAGGUGCCCUGUCACGAGGCAUACUCCUCUCUAAGGGAACACAGUCUAGGACACUCAUCGAGUUCAGCACACCAACAUAUAAGCAGAAGCUCAACCAAGUGGAAGCUAAAAUGGUUACCAGGAUGCCUUGCAUUCUGCUUGCUCCUCCCAUAACACACUCCUUCAGAACAGAGCCUAGCUACUGGGAGAGAAACGAGGCAGGGGGUGAGAGCUUCUGACUCACCAGCAGCCAGGCUUGUAGACAAAGCCAGCUGGUGCUGUUUGUCAUUCACUCUGAGAAAUAACACCGCAACCUUUUGUUCAACCAUCAUCAGGGAGCUUGGUAACUAUAUAUUCUAGAUACAUAUUCUGCUCACAUCACCUGACAAGUGAUUUUUUUCUUUUGGAUUUGUGAAUUGGUUUGAUUAUGAAAUCUUAUAAAGGUGUAAAAAGCAAAUGACAUUUCUGGACAUAUUUAACAGUCCACCAUUAUUGGGGGAAAUGAUGUGAAUGGAGACAUUCUCAGAGAAUUUGAGACACAAAUUCUCACAGUGCCUAGUGUUCCCUUUAGCCCAAAUGUGCAUGUUCAUCCAUGCAAUUGUGUUCUCAAUUAGGCCUGCCUGAGGCACUGGGAGAGCAAGACCAGGCCAAGCAUGGUUGCCAGAUUGACUUUCACAUGCCCAUUGUCACUGGCUGUCAUCAGUGGCCCCACCAAUAGGAUCCCCAGAGCAGUGAGUCAAAUGGCUCUUCUGACAGUGAGAAUAGGUAACUUUCCUCUGAUGAAGAGACAGUGGUAUUUUAAGGGGUAUUCAGAUGAUGGCUGAAAUGGAUUUCUAGCAGAGGACCAUCCUAUUAAAAGACGUGUGAAGAAACAAUCGCCUCCUUAAUCUUCACACCCUUCUGUGUCAUGUUUAGAGCUGGUAUCUCCCAUUUCCUUCAUAGACAAGUGGUUCAAAUCCCAAAUGCCAAUGAGCUUGCCUUGUGUGAUGCCAGGACCUCAAAACUUUCAUAUCCAAAACUUCAGGCCAGACCGUUGGACUCCAUGGACUCUUGGCUCCAAUUCACAAUGAAAUGUCACAGUCAAGACUUAGUUCCUGCUUCCUAGGUCAAAAUUAUGAUGAUU